UAAUGAUGAUGUAUUUCCCAAAGUGAGUCUUUUAAGAUAGACCUGUAACUUACUUAGAAAAUAGAAGGAUUUUCAUUAUCUUAGCUGCCACCCCAUCAACACCUCCACCUUUUCUUUUCUUUUCUUUUUUUUUUUUUCUGGAAUUUUUUAAAAUUAUUUAAAUAUUUAUUUUUAUUUUUUAUUUUUAUUUUUUUUAAACUUUUAUUGCAUUAUGAUGAGAACCCUCCACCUUUUCUUGAUACCUGGUUUCAGAGUGAUCACAGACUGUGAAAUGUAAGACAAGGUAUUUAUUUACCUAAACGUUUACUCCUAAUUUCUCAUCAGGCCGUUUUCAGACUUGAAGAGUGGGCCCACCUCUUGCCAAGCACAGCAGAAUCUAUUUCUGAAUUCUCAGGUAUCUGUCCACUCCUCUCAGGCAUAGUCACUGUUUCUGCACUUGCUGUGCCUUCUUGGGGGUCAGUCAUAGUCAAGGUCUUGAUUUCACAUACCCUCAGAGGUCAAAAGAGGGAGGCUGUCUAAUGUUAUUAUUCUAUUACUAUUUCAGCAUGCCCAACAUGUCUACCACUCUAAACACCUGGGAGCAUUGAAAAGUUCCAGUGUCCAUCAGAAAUCCCGAGAGUGGGACCAAGCCUUGCGUAGUUUUCAAAUUUCUCAGGUGAAUCCAAUAUGCAGUCCAAUCUGAGAGCCAGGGCAGAGCCUAUUUAAAAAGAGAGAAAAGAACACGGUGCAUUUAGAAACACUUACAUCCAGUACUUGUAAAAAUUUAAAUACACCAUUGAGCAUUUCCGGUUAUGAAGGGAAGUCACUUCUGUGGAACAGUUUACUCAUGGAAACAGACAGGUAAGGUCAUGAUAUCAUGAAAUACGGAUGUUCCUCUGUUCACCCCUCUACAGGCAGUGGAACCUGGGAGCAUGGAGCCUAAAAGUGAGGCAGGCUAAAGUCUAACCCAAUAGCCAACUUUAUUCAGAGUAUCAAACAACUUAUACUCUGCAGGUUAAGAAAGGCCAUAUGAGUAAAGUUCUCAUGACUUCAAGCUGUUUACAAUCACAAAGACAAGCUACACGUGGCAAAAACUUGUUUUUCCAUAGAGGCAUAUAAACAAAUAACGUAGCCACUUGUAAUGGAUAAUUGGAAGUAAAAUAACUCCUAUUGGCUAUAGCUGGGAUGGUCAUGAAAGCACAUUCCAAAAACAAUUCCAUGUUUGAAGAAACAGAGGUCAGGAGACGUGUUUUCUUAGAAUUUUCUCACAAGCACUCACAAUUCUUACUGGACUCCAUUCUUGAGCUGUGCUCCCACACUCCUCCACCCACGCUGGGGUUACAUACUGAUGCACCCACUAUAAACUGAAAAGCACCCAGAGUUGAAAAUGCAUCUGUUACCCCUACCUUCCUGACCCUCAGUCAGGGCAGCAGCUCACAGUCAAAUGAUCAUCAGAGCCCAUGCAGCCACCAGGAUUCUCCACAUCUCCAGAGAGUAUCCUGCUUCAGAUUGCUUCCUCGAAAAGUGAGACUCAAACUAUAGGUUCUACUGAAUUCACUUUGCUUUUAUACCAUUGUAAAGCCAAAAAAUCCUAAGCUUACCCAGGUCAGUGAGGAGCUGUCUACAACACAGUCAAAUGAAAUAGCUUUACUUGGUUUCUGUGGCUCUUAUGUAGAGCAAGAUGCUUCUCAAUAAUUCUCUUGAGAUAGUACUAAGUCAUAUUUCAGACAAACCCUUUGCUGGUUCUUGGCACAAUAGCACAAUACCUAUAUUGGAGAUAGUGAAUGGAGUAAUUUAGAAAAUUAAAUAAAAUAUAAAAUAAAAUUUAAAAAGAGUCACAUGUGGUGGUAAUAUGUGCCUGAAUUUCCACUAUUUGGGAGACUGGGACUAUACCUGUUUCAAAACAAAACAAAACAAACAACAACAAAACCCCAUAAAAAGAAACAGGAAGAUCAUUUGUAUAACGAAAAGGGAUCAAUUAUCAUUUUUAAAAGAUUAUCCAUACAAUAGCUAUAGAAUAUACAUUCUCAUCAGCACAUUGAACUUCCUCCAAAUAGACCAUAUCUUAUUUAAGGCAUAAAACAAAUCUCAAAUAAAAUUAUAAUUAGAAGGUAACAUGAACCAGGUGUGGUAAUAUAUACCUGUAACCCCACCUAUUUGAGAGACUGAAGCAGGAAGACUGAAGACCUAGCUUAAGCAAGUAUCUUAGCAAACCUCCAUCAAAAGGGAGGCUAGAGCAAUGUUUCAGCAGUUAAAAGCUCUGGCUGUUCUUAGAGAACCCAAAUGGUGGUUCACAACAAUCCAUAACACCAGUUCCAGAUAUAUGUACAUACACAUAUAUGUGUAUAUUUGUGUAUAUAUGAAUGAUAGGUAGAGGUAUCUUCAUAAACAAGUAUGAAGGCAAAACACAAAAUAACAAUAACAUUUUUUAAAAAAAGACUGCAACACCACCAACAUCAAAAAACAAAACAAAACAAAAAAAGACUUUUGCAAGCAGAACUAAGGAGUUUGGACUUUCUCAUAUGGGGAAACUAGAAACUUUGAUAAUUAAUUAACAGUGCAUGCACCAGGAUGAGCAAAUGAUUGAAAAUUGCAUAACAUUCUUAGUUGGUAGAAUAAGACUAUAAAACCCUGCCCACAGCUGUACCCACUUUCUCUCCUUUGUCCAAAAUUCAAGUGACGUAGUUUGAUGGUCUUUUAUAUCCUGUUUCUGGUAGACACAGUGAAGUUCCCAUCCAUAGGCAGGAAUCCAUUAGCCAGGGCAGCUUCCUGAGAACACUCAGGUGGGGUUAAGCUGGACUGAAUCACCUGUGCUGGGAAUCUGGAAACCCCAGAGAACUGAGUAUCAACCCCUUUGAUUGUUAGUUAUUACUGAGGCCUGAGUGAUGUGUAAAUUAGAAAUCAGACAUAAUGCUCAGCUCAUGGUCUCUGAUUACUUGCUACCCUUUAACCCUCAGUUAUGCUCCUGAGGAUAGCUCUGUCAUUGUGUGUGCAAGGUGGGAACCCACCAUAAUGGUGUCCUGUUGCACUUAAUGGAUGUUAUUGGUAGCUCAGGAUGUGCCAUAGUGGGAGUGUUUGUACUAUAAAAAUCGACAAGUACAUAGACCAGAGUUUUUCUGCAGUUUGUAGCUAAACAUUUUCCAGUUCAUCAUCAUCCUCCAGCAGAUACAAUCAUGUUUGUGAAUCUUUCUGCAGACACCCUUAACAGCAACCUGAGGAGCCCAGAAACCCUGGAGUUUGAGAGACAAGGGACACAGAAAGGAAUGUGGCCAAAGGUUAGUGGGAGGGUCUAAACUGGCCACCUGUGAGGUUGAGGCAGAGAGGGAGGCACUGGUCAAGAGGGAACUUACACCAGAGCCUGGUAGGGUCGAAAGCUGAUUCCAGAGUCCUGGAAAGAAACAGUAGAAAACAUAAGAGCUUGGGAGGUGGGGCAGAAGAGUGCACAGGUGUUGCCCAUUCUACACUGAGAGUUGUCUCAGAAGAUGGAAUCACCUUCAGCACAUGUGGUCUCCCUGCCAGAGGAUGAGGAGCUACAGCCCUGGGGAGGCUCUGGAGGCCCUGGUCAGCACCUAGGAAGACUGAGGUCAACAGAGUGUGCCCAGCCUGGGGUUGUGGAGAAGGUGCGACCAAAAUGGGGCCACCCCUUGCAGUUCCUACUUGCCUGUGUCUCCUAUGCUGUGGGCCUGGGCAAUGUAUGGCGUUUCCCCUACCUGUGCCAGAUGUAUGGUGGAGGGAGUUUCCUGGUCCCGUACAUCAUCAUGCUUAUUGUGGAGGGGAUGCCACUCAUGUACCUGGAGCUAGCCGUGGGGCAGCACAUGCGGCAGGGCAGCAUUGGUGCCUGGAGGACCAUCAGCCCCUACCUCAGUGGUGUCGGUAUUGCUAGCUUGGUGGUCUCGUUUUUGGUCUCUGUGUACUACAACGUCAUCAACAGCUGGGCUGUCUGGUAUCUGUUCCACUCCUUCCAGGAUCCCCUGCCGUGGUCUGUCUGCCCACUGAAUAGUAACCGCACAGGCUAUGAUGAGGAGUGUGAGAAGGCUUCGUCGACACAGUACUUCUGGUACAGGAAAACACUCAACAUCUCACCGUCCAUCCAGGAGAAUGGAGGAGUGCAGUGGGAGCCAGCGCUGUGCCUCACCCUGGCCUGGCUUAUUGUCUAUCUGUGCAUCCUGAGGGGCACUGAGUCAACUGGCAAGGUGGUCUAUUUCACUGCAUCAAUGCCUUUCUUUGUACUCAUCAUCUACCUGAUCCGGGGCCUCACACUCCAUGGAGCCAUCAAUGGCCUGGCAUACAUGUUCACACCUAAGAUUGAGCAGCUAGCCAACCCCAAGGCCUGGAUCAAUGCAGCCACACAGAUCUUCUUCUCACUGGGCUUAGGGUGUGGUGGCCUGAUUGCUUUUGCCAGCUACAAUGAACCCUCCAGUGACUGCCAGAAGAAUGCUCUCAUUGUGUCUGUCAUCAAUAGUAUUACCGCCAUCUUUUCCAGUAUUGUCACCUUCUCCAUCUACGGCUUCAAGGCUACCUUCAACUAUGAAAACUGCUUAAACAAGGUGAUUCUGCUGCUGACCAAUUCUUUUGACCUUGAAGAUGGCUCUCUGACAGCCAGCAACCUGGAGGAGGUGAAGGACUACCUGGCAUCUACUUACCCAAACAAGUACAGUGAAGUGUUCCCACACAUUAGAAACUGCAGCUUGGAAUCAGAGCUGGACACGGCUGUCCAGGGCACAGGCCUGGCCUUCAUCGUCUACACUGAGGCCAUUAAAAAUAUGGAAGUGUCCCAGCUCUGGUCAGUGCUCUACUUCUUCAUGCUGCUGACACUGGGUAUGGGAAGCAUGGUGGGGACAGGAACAGCCAUCCUCACCUCUCUGACUGACAGCAAGGUCAUCUCCAGAUACCUGCCCAAGGAGGCCAUUUCAGGUCAGGACAUAUUGCUGACGCCUGGGUGGGCAGGGAAAUAUAUGGUAAUUGGUGCUGGGAACUACUGGUUUGACAUAUUCAAUGACUAUGCAGCCACACUGUCCCUGCUGCUCAUUGUGUUGGUAGAGAUCAUAGCUGUGUGCUUUGUAUAUGGGCUGAAGAGAUUUGAAAGUGACCUUCGGGCCAUGACUGGCCGCACCCUCAGCUGGUACUGGAAGGUCAUGUGGGUGUUUGUGAGUCCACUGCUCAUCAUCGGCCUCUUUAUCUUCUACCUGAGUGAUUACAUCCUCAAAGGAACGAUGCAGUACCAAGCCUGGGAUGCUACUCAGGGCCAUGUGGUGAUUAAGGAUUACCCUACAUAUGCACUAGCUGUCAUUGGCCUUCUGGUAGCCUCUUCUACCAUGUGCAUCCCUCUGGUAGCCCUGGGGACUUUUGUCACACGCCACUUCAAGAGCAGAGAACAGUCUCCUGCAGCCUGAGAACUGGAGUUUCUGCAGCUUUCCUGUCAGUCACUCACAGCUACUUCCUAUAUAUUCAGCAGUGGAAGUUCUACAGCUCCUUUUUAAAGCCACACGUAUUUUCUGCUUCCUGAAUCUGCAAAGAACAUUUAACUCUCUGUAUUAAAUUGUAUGCUGAUAGAAACCUAACUCUAACUGUAAAAACUCUUUUGUUUUUAAGACAGGGUUUCUCUGUGCAGCCCUGGCUGUCCUGGAACUCACUCUGUAGACCAGGCUGGUAUUGAACUCAGAUCUACCUGCAUCCCAAGUGCUGGGAAUCAACGUGUGUGCCACCACCGCCCAGCAGCUUUUACCCUUUCUCUUCCAUGAUGUAUACUUUUGUUGCUAGAAUUCAUACCCUUUUGUAUUAUAUAUUCAGCUCAGAUAUAAUUUUUGAUCAUUUUGACCUUUAGCUCUCAUUCUUUCUUUAUAUGCCACCAUUACAAUCAUGAUAUACUAGAUCACAAACUUACCUCUGACAUUGCUCUUUUGGUUGAGGCAGAGUCUUGGUAUAUAUAGACCCCAAGUUUGUCUGGACCUAGGUUAGGCUAGAAUCUGUGGUCUUCUAGCCAUAGCCUCCCUAUACUGGAACAACAAGUCAUGUGCUACCAGGCCAGGUAUAUACUUUUUAGAACAGUAAUUAUCCUUUUGUUAUUGUUUGAACCAUUCCUUUGCAGAGGGUGGUUAAAUGGGGGAGGAAACAGCCAAUGCCAGCCUGGGUUUAAACACAUUUUUAUUUCACCUCUCCAGUAUUUCUUGAAGAAUAUUUUAAUGAUUAAUUUUCUCUGCUUUUUCUUGUCUAGCAAAGUGUUGCUUCAUCACUGAAGUGAAACUUUAUAGCAUAUUGUAUUCUUGACUAGCAGAUUUCUUUUAGCAGUUUGAAUGUACUAAUAAAUCCAUCUGUUAUAAUAUAAUGGAUAUCCCUUUAUAUGUGACUAGACUCUUGCUCAUAGAGAAGGGGAAAAUGAGCUGUAGAUCAAACAGUACAAAGCAGAAGUGUAGGAGGAAAACCUGGAGUGCUAUAUUCAACACAAUAAAAGUAUAUUAGAAUUUUUUUUUUUCUAAAUCUGAUUUUACUGGUAACAAAAACUGUGUGGGAUGAUGUAUUUAAUCUGCUCUGGUGUACUACACAUUUACUAUGUAUCCUCUCAUAACUAUGUUCUGAACCUCAAAUACAAUACAUUUUAUUAAAAAUUAAGUGUGAGGACCUUCCUCCCAGUGCCA